AUGGAAGGAAGUGAUGAACCUGAUCAGCCUAUCUCAGCAGGGAGGCAAGAAAUUCGAAAGAAAAGAAGACCUAGCCAACCAAUGGUAGACAAAUCCCAACAGACUGAUAUAUCAGAGAUAAAGUGUCUCUUGCCUAUACCACAACCAUGUGACCCCAAAGCUAACCUUAAUAUUAGUAAUAUUCCUGAAAGCAGAGUCAACUAUGAGUCUCUUAGAUUAUCUUCUCAGCUUCAGCAAACUUGGACAAAGAGAAAGCGUGUGCAAGAUAAGGCUGAUAAAUGUUUGCAGACAGACAUCAUUACUGAAGAGAUCAAGGAAACCAAGCCAGAUGAUGAAACAGUGGUACCUAAAGAAAAACCAGCUGCUGUGGGAGAAGCAGCUUCUGAAUUUCCAGAGAGUGUUCACGGAGAAGAAAUUCCAUCAAGCAAACACUCAGGUCAACAAAAAUUAGACGGAUCUGAUCAAACCAUUAACACUGGAGAUGAAGACAAAGAACAGAAGAGCUUUGGUGAAUCAAAAAUGUUUAUUGGCAGUCCAAGUAGUUCUUUUUCAAAGUCAGAGGAUGCUGCGCAGAAACGUAAAUCCUCAGGGAAGACUUUAAUUACUGAGCAUCCUGAAUUUCAACCUGCAACAAGUAGCAAUGAGGAAAUUAGGAAGAAAAGUACCAACAGAUCUUCAUUUAGUCAACAAAUCAAAGAAGAUACUCCAGUACUUUUAUAUGAGCAUGACUUUGUAGUUGAAGUAAGGCCUCCGACAGUAGAAAAGAUCUCUGCUGAAGUGCAAUCGCCACCAGCUGAGGAGGCCCCUAAAGAAAAGGCCCCAGUGAAAGUUAAGUCUCCGCCAGCUGAGAAGAUUCCUACAGAAGAGGCCCCAGUGAAAGUUAAGUCUCCACCAGCUGAGGAGGCCUCAGCAGAAGAGGCCCCAGUGGAAGUUAAGUCUCCACCAGCUGAGAAGGUCGAGGCCUCAGCAGAAGAGGCCCCAGUGGAAGUUAAGUCUCCACCAGCUGAGAAGGUCCCGUCAGAAGAGGCCCCAGUGAAACUUAAGUCUCCACCAGCUGAAGAGGCCCCAGUGAAACUUAAGUCUCCACCAGCUGAGAAGGUUUCUGCAGCAGAGGCCCCAGUGAAAGAAGAGGCCCCAGUGGAAGUUAAGUCUCCACCAGCUGAGAAGGUCCCGUCAGAAGAGGCCCCAGUGAAACCACCAGCUGAGGAGGCCUCAGCAGAAGAGGCCCCAGUGGAAGUUAAGUCUCCACCAGCUGAGAAGGUCCCGUCAGAAGAGGCCCCAGUGAAACUUAAGUCUCCACCAGCUGAGAAGGUUUCUGCAGCAGAGGCCCCAGUGAAAGUUAAGUCUCCACCAGCUGAGGAGGCCUCAGCAGAAGAGGCCCCAGUGGAAGUUAAGUCUCCACCAGCUGAGGCCCCAGUGGAAGUUAAGUCUCCACCAGCUGAGAAGGUCCCGUCAGAAGAGGCCCCAGUGAAACUUAAGUCUCCACCACCAGCUGAGAAGGUCCCGUCAGAAGAGGCCCCAGUGAAACUUAAGUCUCCACCAGCUGAGAAGGUUUCUGCAGAAGAGGCCGCUGAGAAGGUCCCGUCAGAAGAGGCUCUGGUAAAGAAUUUAUCUACUGAAUUUCAAUCUUCCAUAACAAUAGAUGUUCCAGAAUUAGUUUCUACUAUUGAAAUAUAGAGUGUCAACCAUAUAGAACUAAAGGAGCGGCCUCUUCCACAGCUAUAG